CAGCCGAGGGGAGGAGGCGGUGCGUGCCUCGCCUGCCAAACGGAGAGCUGUUCAUCUGCGUGCGAUCCCCGGCGCCCCGCGCGCGGCCGCAGCGCUCCGCCCGAGCCGCCCCGGAGACUCCGGAGUGGGGUCUCCACUGCGUUCCGCUGCCGGUCUUUCCUGAGACCCUCAGCUCCUGCCGGCCUCAGCUCUCCCAAGUCGGCCCCGGGUCUCUGCGGCUGUUAAGGACAGCGGCAAAAAAAGAGAAGGACGUUCUUCUGUGCCUUGGAUGUUCCGGUCCGGGAAGGACGGCAAGUUGUGUGUUGCGCCCGGGACCCGGGAGAGAACGUGGCCGCUGUGCUUCAGCCAUGGACCAUCAUCCUUACUACAGAGGAUGGGAAGUUGAUGCCCAGUGAGAUUGGAAGAUCUGUUUUGUUCAUAGACACCUUCCUGUGGAUUUCCUGUGUUUUCUGGUGGUUUCACACCUUGACUCAUUCCUACAGUUCCAGAACAUUGACUUCAGGCCCUCAUUGCCCUAUUUGGUGAAAGAUGGCAUCCAGCCUGACUUGUACUGGGGUGAUCUGGGCUCUGCUCUCUUUUCUUUGUGCUGCCACCUCCUGUGUGGGCUUCUUUAUGCCUUACUGGCUCUGGGGAUCACAGCUGGGCAAGCCUGUGUCCUUCGGUACUUUCCGGAGGUGCUCGUAUCCUGUGCAUGAUGAGAGUCGGCAGAUGAUGGUGAUGGUGGAGGAAUGUGGGCGCUAUGCCUCCUUCCAGGGCAUUCCCAGCGCAGAAUGGAGGAUCUGUACCAUAGUGACGGGCCUGGGCUGUGGCCUGCUCCUCCUGGUGGCCCUCACCGCUCUCAUGGGUUGCUGUGUGUCGGAGCUCAUCUCCAGGACUGUGGGAAGAGUGGCUGGAGGAAUUCAGUUUCUGGGGGGCUUGUUGAUUGGUGCUGGCUGUGCCCUGUACCCCUUGGGCUGGGACAGUGAGGAAGUCCGACAGACUUGUGGCUACAUUUCUGGCCAGUUUGACCUGGGGAAGUGUGAGAUCGGCUGGGCCUACUACUGCACGGGAGCAGGUGCCGCUGCCGCCAUGCUGCUGUGCACAUGGCUGGCUUGCUUCUCGGGCAAGAAACAGAAGCACUACCCAUACUGAGGUGGAGCCAUCAGGAGAAGCCGAAGAGAAGACAGGCCACAGGGGCUGGAAGGGGCCAAAACUUCCAGCUACUUCUAAAAGGUGGAAUAGUGGUUCUGAUUCAAUACCGUGCUAAUGAAGGGAAACCCGAUGGAACAAGGAACAUUAUACAUGAAGGGAGGGUGGUGGGAGGCUGAUGACAGAAAUGGAGAAUGAUGGAGGAAAGAAAAAAAAAUGGACCAAACAAAGGCUAAGAGUUGCAGGGUAUCGGGUGUUUCUAUUCCACACAAUCUUGUCAGCAUAUAUCGCAUACACAUGCAAAGCAAAUCUAUAUAUGCAAACAAGAAUUUUGGUUGCUUUUUUUUUUUUUAAUGGCAAGGACUUGGGAGAAUCAAAAGGGCUAGUAGAAACAGUAUUAUGUGGGAAGCAGGGUACCCUACAAACGUUCCCUGUAGGUAAUGCCACUCCUGAAAGCACACGAGCACACACGCAGAUACACAUCCACACAUGCCCACGCAACACACGUAAAUCAUCACACAGACUGUGGGGGAGGGGUUCCCUAGUGCAUUACUCCUCUGUUUUCUUUUUUACUAUCCAUUGAAAACACAGUAUUAUCCCUUUAUAAAACAUACAUUUAACCUAAUAAAUGGACCAAUAUGCCACUGUAUCAGUAUUUUAUUUAUAUCCUGCAUAAACUCUUUAGCCACUCCACAUGUUCUCAGUGUUUAUGCAGACUUUUAGAGUUAAGCCUUCAUAUUUCAAUAUUAUUCAAAGGUAUGCAAUAUUUCUCUGAGUAGCUUCUGAUAUGAUAUUUUUAUGAAGUCAAGGGGCAAAUUUCUGUCCACUGUAGGAGAGACUUCCGUUGAGGAGAUGAGAGUCAUGAGAGACAUUUUCCAAUCAUUAGAUCUUGUUUUCUUUCGUCCAUUAUUGUACUGUGCUGUACCACAUUUAUUUCAAUAUUCAUUUUGUAAAAAAAAAACAAUUAAAAA